AUGGUGGCAGUGAGGCUGAAGAGGAAGCUUGAAUGUAUACUUCUCUGCACUAUAUUAGCGCGUAUAUCCAGAGGUGCCGAAUAUCCAUGGACAUUUGACAAUGAUCUAUUUGGAGGCAAGUUUUACAAAUCACUGGUUUGCAGUGUUCUACUUUCGAAAUUGCCUGGAAGCGGUAUUGCAAUUGUUGAACAAAAAACAUACCCAUAA